AUGCUCGCCUCGGUCGCCCUGGCUGCCCUUGCCGCCUCGUAUGCUGGCGCAUACUCUUUGAACUGCAGUGGAUCCGGAUACACCAACUACACCACUGUCCCCGGCUACUUCCUCCAAGAUGACCCUAGCACGAACGCUACCACAUUCAACUACACCUUGAACAACUUCGGUCUCAUCAAUCGCACCUACCCGGCGACCAAGGACUUGCCAUACGCCGGCCACCUCACGCAAUGGCAGAAAUUCGCAAUUCAAGUAGAAGCGCUGAACAGGCAGGCACCAAGCAAUACCGUCUACAAGGUGCUGUUUAUGGGCAGACACGGAGAGGGAUAUCACAACGCCGCUGAAUCCUUCUACGGCACUCCAGUAAGAGCAAGGCAAUGCGUGUAUAUGGAUAUGUCUGACAAUCUUCAUAGGCCUGGAACUGCUACUGGGCUGAAUUGACCGGAAACAGCACAACUACCUGGGAGGAUGCCAAGCUGACAUCGAAUGGGAUCUUGCAAGCACGGGUUCGUAGUCUCGAGGAAUUCAAGAGCCUUGGAAAUCUGCUGACCUAGGUUUCUAUUUCCGACACAGAUCGCUCACAACUUCUGGAAACACGAGAUGGAGACGCAGAAGAUCCCCGUGCCGCAGUCCUACUACACGUCUCCUCUCUCCCGUUGCCUGGACACCGCCAACAUCACCUACGCCGGCCUGAAUCUCCCAAGACGACACCCAUUCAUCCCCACUGUCAAGGAGUUCCUCAGAGAAGGUAUCUCGCUCCACACCUGCGACCGCCGCGGCAACAAGACCUACAUCCACCACACCUACCCAAGCUUCAAGUUCGAGAAAGGGUUCAAUGAGUAUGACGAGCUCUGGAACGGCGUUACCGCUGAGUCGGACAGCUCACAUCAGAAGCGUGAGCUCGAGCUUCUGGACGAUGUGUUCAGCAGUGAUGACAACACUUGGAUAUCCUUCACCUCUCACUCCGGCACUAUCGCCACUAUUUUGCAAGUCCUUGGCCACCGCAAUUUCAGCUUGGCCACUGGUAGCAUCAUUCCAGUACUUGUCGAGGCCAAAUUCCUGCCCGCUUCGGACGCUCCAGCAACGACUGUUCUACCUUUCACGACGAGCACGUGGUGCCAUAACGGUCCUCCAGUUACUAGCAACGCCUCUCUUUCGCAGGGCUGCGUGUGCUCCGCGACUACUGGACCACUCCCCAGCUUGAGCACCCAAGCUCCCUACGUUUCGGGGCAGACGGCUCCGAUCAACGAGUUCACCACUACCACUACCGUCGCUGCAGCUGCUUCGCCUAGUGGCAGCGGCUAUCAGUAUCUCUAG